AUGGGCAUGAGCUACCGCCGCUACCUGAACGGCGCCCGCAUCUACGGGUGCUCCAACUGCAAGACGCACCUUGCUGCGAUCCACACGAUGAUCUCGCGGGCGUUCAACGGCCAGCACGGCCGCGCAUAUCUGUUCGAAGUAGUCGUGAAUGUGAUCGAGGGCGAGCCCGUCGACCGCGUGAUGACCACCGGCAACCACACCGUGCGCGACAUCUACUGCUGCAAGUGCGGCGAGACGCUCGGCUGGAAAUACAUCAAGGCGUACGAGGCGACGCAGAAGUACAAGGAGGGCAAGUACAUUCUCGAGCGCAACCUCCUCGUCGACGUGCAGUGA